AUGAAAGCCAGGAAGAGCAGUGGACCCAAGACGCUGCCCUUGGGCACUCCAGAGGUGACAGGGGAUGUAUGGGAGUUUGUUUUUUCUGUCUGUUUUGCCUGGUUUCUACACACAAUAUGGGAUCAAUUAGUUGAUCUUCAAAAGGAAAACGUAAGGCUUUCAGAGAGAUUAAGUGAAUUGGAACAAUCUUCUACUAAAAAAUUAGCGGUGUCUACCCACGUCGGGCUAUCGGGCUCGCUUCCUGUAGCCGGCACAGCUAAAGUCAUGUAUGAUGUUGAAAUUACCAACAUUGGCAAUGCUUUUAAUUUCCAGACUGGAAAAUUUAUCGCCCCUGUUUCUGGGGUUUACAUGUUUCACGUUACCGCAUGCUUAGGUGAUGGCGGACAAUGGAUGAUUCUGAAUAUAAUGGGCAAUGAUAAUGUGAUUGGACGUGUGUUUACUGGUGACAACUCAUAUCAUGCCUGUGGUUCGAAGGCAAUAAGUGUUCAUUUGAAAACAAGUGAUUCCGUGUGGGUACAGCGGGCAGCUGGUUCAGCUGUUUUUUUAAACCAGGACCAUGGUUGGAAUUCUUUUACAGCUGUACUUUUAGAUAAAGAUUAA